AUGGCCAAAUCCGUUCCUGUGUUCGAAAAACCUACAGCUCAUCUAGGUCUGCCCGACUGGUACGCCAAGCAAUGGGAGCUACAAAAAGCUGCCGAUGUGCGGAGAUCGGACGCUUUCGACUUACGACAUGCGGCCAGGAUCAUUCGCGACGAAACAAAAAUCAGAACUGAAUGGGAUACUUACAUGAAUAAUACGAGACUGGCGGACAGGAUAACAGAAAUAUCGAGAUGGCAUGCAAUUUUGGAAAGUUUACUGAAACGCAUUGCUUUCGAAACUGGUAUUUUACGGGACGAGAAAGCGGACGCGGAAAAAAAUCUCGAAGUUUUGAAUAUACCUUUGCAUAUAACAGCUCAGUGCAUCUCGAUGAGAGAUUGCCGAAGGGGCACCGAGCUCACUUACGACGAACCUGACAAAGAACUCAAAAAGGAACUCUGUGUUAUUGAAAAUGUCAGGAAAUUAAUUACUGAAAGUGUUCAGGCUGCCUGGCAAAAAUUGAAUCGACUAGAAGAAGUUCGUUUCAAAGUUAAUCUUGAUUUGGAAGACAAAGUCGAGUCAAUUGAAAUAGAAAAGGAAAAUUUACAGCUGAGCCGUAACUCUGCGAGUAUCAGUUACAAACCUGAUGCUUUGAGAGUCGUCAAGGGUUGCAUUCCUUACGAAACUUGGCUGGAACACUGUCGAUACACGAGAUUAUUGGCAGACAACGAACUCAGCGAUACGUACAAUUUUCGCGAGUCCAUGCACGUGACACGAGAAAGAGCAAGCAAUGAUAUAAGGGCCCAGCAAGAUUUUACUGAUUUUACAUUGAGAAAGAGAAUCUAUCAAACUCAAAAAGCGAGGAACGAACUCGCCUGGCAAAAACAGAAGAUACAAAAUGAAAUGGAAUUACUUAUGAAAGAAUUACCGAAAUUGGAGGAUGCAUUGAGGAAUAAAAUCGACGCGAUAAAGUGCGUCGAAACGAGAUUGGAAAAUCGAACGUAUCGCCCAGGUUUUGAACUUUGUCGUGAUGAAAUUGAAUUCGGAUUAAAAGACGAAGUUCUUCAACUGCGACAAACUAAAGAAGAUCUGACAAGUAGAAUUAAUUCUACGAGAGCUGCGUACAACGAUCUGGAAACACUUUUAGUUCGCAUCGAUCGUAACUUGGAGGACAAGGAACACUCACUUAUGACUGAUAUCAAGUGUCUGGACCUGAGAUCUGCUUUGAAGACUGGCGAUCGUGCCAAAUUGCCAAAUGAGACUGAUCGUAAUAUCGUCCUCACUAAAAUGGAACAUGAAAUACCUCCAGAAUCAUAGAUCAAGGAAGAAAAAACCAAUUUCAACGAAAUUUCAGUGCUUGUACUAUAAUGAUUUUUUGGCUUUCUCCGAUGUUGCUUUGAUCAACCGAGCGAUCGUAAAAGAACAAAACUAAAUUUAAAAAUUACUUAUUUUAAUUACAUGGUCCUACAAGAAAAGUCCCUCGAUUUUAUAACCAAACCCAUAUACCACUAUAAUUUUGGACGUGCUAAAAUUGAAUCGACCAUCAGAAUUUACUCAAUGAGUUCGUAUUUUUAGCCUUUCCUUAACCGGUUCACUGGUGAGCUUUUUUCCAGUUUUUGUGCCAAAUUUGGUACGAGCCAAUAUGUUACCGAAAAUCACGAUAAUUUAUUUCUGAGGGUUUUCGAGG